AUGCAUUGUACCACUUCUCGACUUGCAAGACUCUGGGGCUGUUGCCAUCGUCGUUUUUCCUCUUCGGUACCGUCAUCAUUAAGCACCUACCGGUUUGAACAGCCAGGCUUUCAAUAUCGUGAAGAUCGAAUUCCCAAGCAAUCUGAUGUUGUCGUGAUUGGCGGUGGAGUUGUUGGUUGGUCUGUGGCAUUUUGGAUCCGGUAUCUGUCCAAAACCACAGUAACUGUAAUUGAACGUGAUCCCAGUUUGUCGCAUUCAUCCAGUUUAUUAGGACUGGGUAAUCUUCGCACGCAAUUUUCAGAGCCUGAAAACAUUCAGAUGUCUCUUUUCACAGCCGAAUUCUUGCGCGAUAUCAAUGAACAACUCUCCGUUUCACAAGAUGACAAUGCGGAUAUAAACUUCAAUCCGCACGGGCACCUUAUCCUAGCAGAUAAAAACAAGUGCAAACAAAUGGAGGAAAAUUAUCGCUUGCAGGCGGCGCUUGAACUACCCAACCGCUUGAUGACACCAAAUGAAGUUGAGGCGCGAUGGCCCUGGCUCAAUGUGGGCGAUGUUCAUUUGGCAUCAUACGGCGAUAGAAACGAGGGUUGGUUUGAUCCCUGGCUAUUGGUGCGUCGGCUCCGAAACAAAGCUCAUGUGUUUGGUGCGAACUAUGUUGUGGGGCAGGUGCAGGGCUUCACGUACUUCAAGGGACUAACGCGAACAUGCUUCCUGGAUAGGCCCAAGCGUGCUCCUCUGAAUGCUCCUCGCCUCAGCGAAGUGAUAGUCAGGACGCCCUUUGGUGGCGUCGAGAAAAUCGCCUUCUACACAGUCGUCAAUUGUGCGGGCGCAUGGUCCAGUGAGAUCAUGAAAAUGGCUAUGGCAGGAGUGCAGGAAGAGGUUCCCCCUUUGCCCGUUCAAAAGCGGAAGCAGAAUAUCUUCAUUGUGCGUCCGGAUUAUUCCCAAUCUUCCAGGCACUUCCCCGGUAUCGACGCUCCGGUCGUUCUUGACUCCUCCGGUCUUAUGCUUCAGCGUCAGGGCCUUUCAGGUGACUUCGCUGUCUGCAUGAACCCCACCCAACCCCGCGAGGGCAAAACUGCUGAAUCUGACGAUUUAAGUGUGGAUUACACUGAGUAUAACGAGGAGAUUCAGCCGCGGCUUGCAAAACGAAUCCCUGCAAUGGCAUCAGCACGCAUUCAGUCUGCAUGGUCAUGCUUCAAUGACUAUAAUCCGAUCGAUCAAAGUCCUAUCAUCGGUCAGCACCCCUACCUAUACAAUAUGAUCCUAGCAACUGGUUCGUCAGGUCUUGGUAUUCAACAUGCAGUGCCUAUCGGUCGCGCCGUAGCUGAACUCGUUCACUACCGACACUACAAGUCAAUAGACUUAACCCGUUUCUCCUUCGAUCGAUUCUACUUGGGCGUGCCGUUCCGAGAGAGGUCCAUAUUCUAG